AUGCCCGACUUCUACCCCUCCAUCUCUCAGGUCAAAACAAUCCGCGUUCCCCCGGACGCCCGCACCGGCUACGUCCAUCUCAACUUCUUCGCCGUUUUCGACCACGAAGAACAGCCUCAAGGCCAAUGGGAGAUCUGGACAGACCUUCCGUUUGAUGAUGACCAAGGGAAUCCCCCCUCUCAUCUGGGAGAGUGGAGAGCCAAAGCUUUUCAUGCUGUAGCGGUCCCGAAAGGGGCUGUCAACGGUGUCGACAAGGCCAACGGGGUGUCUACGACCUCUAUCACCAUUCGGUCUCUGGACCUGCCAGAGCCAUCAUUGCCUCCCGCCACUCUUUCAACCACUUUGGUGAUUUCUGUCGAGCUUAACCGAGACUUUGCGUAUACGUUCCGGCAUGUUCAUCCUGACGGACACAUUCACUGGCAGAGUGGAAUGGGUGGAAACGGUGUGGUCAGAUUGAAGGCGUCAGACAAAGCGGACGAGACUGGACCCAUCAAAUCGGGGCCUUAUCCACCUUAUGACGACGUGUUUGAGGAUAGCCUUGAUUGGGACUGGAGCGGUAUUGCUGUCACACUUCACGAGGGUAAAAAACGCAUUCAAACACCCCGCUUGAAUGCCAUUCCUCACAAAGGCCGCAUCCUGCCUACUCUUGUAUUGUUGCAUGGUCCCCCCACGCCCCAUCUGGCCCCCUUCGCUCGACUCUCGUCUACCAAGCUAGCUACGCCUUCGGAGGACGCUAGUGCGAGCUAUCAGGCCAUCAUUAGCCCCAUCGACAAUCCUCUUAUUCAAUUCGGCAAACUUCCAACGAUCGGCAUGGAGGGAUGGUCUCCAACCUACGCACUUGGUGUAGACACCACACCUACAGAAGUACUGCGGGCGGCCGUUGGAUCAGCCAAGAGAGACCAAAGCCAUCUGCUUGUGGCAGAAGUCAAACAAGGCAAAGAAACCAGUCAGAAUGUGGGAGCUCUGUUCUACAUUUCUUCCGAAGGCGACUCGGAGCCGACUCAAGUGAUUGUUGAUGCGGUGUAUCACCAGGCCGCCCGUGACAUUGCCAUCGAGAUCCCAGACAGGCUAUCCGGCCACAGCCCCCUCCUGAUAGUCUCCUCAGACUCGUCAUCUAUUCCGUCCUACGUGCCCGGACGCGACAACAAUUCUGCGCGCCACAUCCCCGCCCACAUCUACCCCGGCGCUGCCGCUGACGUCCUUCGAGUCUCCGAGUUUUUUGAACUCCGUGGUGCUGGUGCCGACGAUACCAUCUGGAUUGCUGUUCCCGGAGCCAACUCUGCCGAGCUGGGAGAAAAGGAAGUCGAGAUUCAUUCGAUCGACCCCGUCGACAACCCUGCAUACUUUGAUAUAACCAAAGACCUUGACGUCCAAUCCAACAAUGUUUUGGACGGAUUUGUGACUCCCCAGACAGAGCUUGUCCCCCCUCGCAGUGCUACUGUUCCUUCAUCGACUGAUCGAAAAAAGCAGGGCGGGUCAUGGAUUUUGGGGGUCAUUGCGCGGUUCUUUGAGAGUAUUUGGAGGGUGAUUCUUUGGCCGUUCAGAUCCAAGAUUGUGCCACCUAGAAUUGAGACGGAAGAUACCAACGGGCAAACAAUCACCGACGAGAGAACGCCGUUACUUGGGUCACGAUCCACUGCUUCCACGGCAGCCACUCCGGGCGCUGCUCCUCCUAACCCCCAGACUCCAAUGCUCUCCCCCAUCCCGCACACCGUAGCUAUUCGCUCUUACGCCCGUCUCACAUUCAACGCUACUACCCCUCUCCGCUUCUUCCUUCCUCCCGGCUCAGCCUCUGUCGAAGAGAGGCUCAAGUUCACUUUCAAGUCUGAGGAAGGCAAGGAUUGGGAGGAUCUAAAGGUAGAUGUGAAAAGACAUGGGGAGGGAAAGGUACUUGAGGGGCUGGCAGAUGUAAAGCUGAAAGAAAUUAUGAUUGAACGUAUUUGA